AGUUCAGUUAUAGCUCGGCUUCGAGACAUUACACAUUAAAUUGUGUUCGCAUAAGAAAUUAUACUGUAAAUACAUUUUCAAGUUUAUUAGAUUAUUGUCAGCGCGACAAAAAUACGUAGGUAUUAUUGUACGAGCUUGGUUAUUGGUAGGUACGUACUGCGCAACGCGAUCAACGGACAACGACGCUUUCGUAAAUUAGGACUUCAGAAUUCAGUUGUCAGUGAGUGUUGAGGCAGGUUCCCCGUCGACGCGGCGCACCAUUCGUAUUCACGCGAUUAUCGAGUUCCUGAGUGGCACGUACGGGUCGACGGGGGCUUCCGCUGGUGAGGGGGGCGAGAGAAGAGAGGGGGGCAAACGUGGCCGUAGACCUGGGAGGAAGGUUCAGCUUGACAGACAGGAUAUGAAGGCUAAGUUGGAACGCAGUAGACAGUCAGCUCGCGAGUGUCGCGCGCGGAAGAAGCUGAGGUAUCAAUACCUGGAGGAGCUGGUGGCAGACAGAGAGAGAUCCGUGCUGGUGUUGAGGAAGGAGCUCGAUAAGCUCUACAAAUGGAACCAAGAAUUAGACCAAGGUCGAAUGCCCGAAGGUCUCGAGGCAGCGCUACAAGAGAUGGGAUUACCCAAACAGGAAGAGAUAAAACCAUUUUAA